GAUGCUUUAUAGAACCCCCAGAUUAUUUUGAUAAAAUAGUUUGGCCAAAUUAUGUUGAGUUUCAUAAACAUUUAUCUAUUAAAGGACAAUCAUCCGGUUUGAUAGAUGGUGUAAAAAGUGGAUGGAAGGUUAUUGAAGAUUUGGUCGUUUUAGAUACAAAUAAGGAAGAUGAAUUUGGAAAAAAUCUUGAGGAAGCUGUUGAAACUGUGAUAAAAUUUAUUGAAAAAAAAUUUGCAUAG